CUCAAACUCCUGGCAAGUGGAGAGCACAUGUGAAAAUGGAAAAGAAAGGAGGGAAAUCAAAAAAACCUAAAACCCUAAUAAACAUAUUUGCCCACUCCACUGUCCACUCCCACACUCCUCUCAGUUUUGCUGCAUGGAGCAUUAGACUACUUCCCCCCAACUUCUUCCCCUUUUCUUCCACCCUACAGAGCUACUCUGCGAGCCAUUCCCAUGGCGAGGCUUCUUCUCCGGAACACUCUGUCCCUGAAGACGUUUCUCGCACCGGAGGGCUUGAGGAGAGGGAUAUUGGGAACAUCAUCUCAAGUUUGCAACUUUGCAACAAAAGGUAGGAGAAAAUCAAAGUCCGAUGGAAGUGAGUCUAGUGAGGAUGACUCUUCAAAGAGAGAGGUAGCACUACAGCAAGCUCUUGAUCAGAUAACUAGCACGUUUGGGAAAGGAUCUAUUAUGUGGUUUGGGCGGGCGGUUGCUCCAAGAGAUGUGCCUGUUAUCUCGACAGGUUCUCUUCUUCUUGAUGUAGCUCUCGGCACUGGGGGAUUCCCAAAGGGACGCGUGGUGGAGAUUUAUGGCCCUGAGGCUUCUGGGAAAACCACACUUGCUCUACAUGUAAUCGCUGAAGCACAGAAGCUAGGAGAAUACUGUGUUUUCGUUGAUGCGGAGCAUGCUCUUGAUUCAUCGUUGGCUGAGGCUAUUGGAGUGAACACUGAGACCUUGCUACUUUCACAACCUGAUUGUGGUGAACAAGCUCUCAGCCUCGUGGAUACCAUAAUUCGUAGUGGUUCUGUUGGGGUGGUCGUUGUUGACAGUGUUGCUGCCCUUGUUCCUCAAAGCGAACUUGAUGGGGAGAUGGGUGAUGCUCAUAUGGCAGUGCAGGCUAGGUUGAUGAGCCAAGCACUUCGGAAACUAAGCCAUUCAUUAUCUCAGUCACAAACAGUUCUGAUAUUUAUAAAUCAGGUCAGAUCAAAGAUUGCUACCUUUGGAGGGUUUGGUGGGCCUAAAGAUGUAACUUGUGGAGGUAAUGCCCUUAAGUUCUAUGCUUCAGUGCGACUGAACAUAAAAAGGAUAGGGCUUGUCAAGAAGGCAGAAGAGCAGACUAUUGGUAGUAGGGUUCAAAUAAAGGUGGUCAAGAAUAAGCUUUCUCCUCCAUUUAAAACCAUUGAAUUCGAUCUCGAGUUUGGCAAGGGUAUAUGCCAAGCAUCAGAGAUAAUAGACUUGGCAUUGAAACACAAGAUAUUGACAAAGUCGGGCGGUUUUUAUACUUAUGAGGAUAAAAAAUACCAUGGUAGGGAUGCCAUGAAGGCACUUAUAAACAACAAUGAAGAUGCACGUGAAGAAAUGAAAUUGAAGAUCAAAGAGAAGCUAGCAGCCGGGCAUACAGAGAAGGAAAAGGUAGCCGAUGCCACCGCCACCGCCACGGACAGUGAACCGACUCAAGUCAUUGCAUCUGAUUCUACCGACGACGAGGUAGCUGUUGUUGAAGCUUAAGUCGGGGUUUGGAACAUGAUAUGGAAGUUAAUUGGUGAAGUUUUAUCUCUGCACAUGGUUAGUUUUGGAAAAGCCACAAACUUCGGAUGGAAAGUUCAGAAAGGUCAUUGCUUUGAAGGAUGAGAUGUGACCUAUUGGCCCAUUAAUGGUAAAUCUUAUGGUGUCUCGUCUCUUGACUAAAUGUUUGGUGGAACUUGUUAGUGACUAUCAGAGUAAGUGACCUCAGGAAGGAAAUGGCUUCAGUGGGUCCUUGCCCUAGUUUUCCCUAUGUUUCCCAUUUCAUGUUCAUAUCUGUCAAUUGUCGAACCAAAUGAUUUUGUAAAUGUGAAUUGUGUUUGUAUCUGACAUUCAGCAGCCUGGAAGCAUGCAAUGUGAAUGACGGAAUACUUCAUUGAGAAACUUGUAGUACAUGAGAAGUGAGGAAGUUGGCAGGGUGAUAUAGAUGGGAACAUAUGUAUGGUUAACGUGAGGGACAAGAAACACUAUGGAAUUUUGACAUGAUUAGAGAACAAUGUUGCAUAUUUGAGGAAGA